GAUUGAAGAGAACCUCACGCCAAAUCUUUGAACACCUUGUUUUUGAAUCGAAUACCAUCUCUGCUGAGAGUGCUUGUUUAUAUAUCUAACACGUGAAAAUCACAUCCAAACCUGUCUGUCACCUAACCUUCUGCCUUAUUAACACUUACGACACCAUCGGUUGGCAUUUAAAAUACACUGUCAAUCACACCACCUUGGCCAUCUAGUAUUUUCAUCCUUUUUGCUCAGAUUUGUACAACAAUGGCGAACAUGAGAUGUUUAUAUACUCCUGCAACGUCAUGCAAAGAGCCAAUCGCUGGUUUUAAAGCUACCGAUCCUUGUCGAAGGAAGACUACAGGCUUGCAAGCCAACUGUCUUGGGCUUUCUCCAAGAGGUAAGGAUCACAGAAAAUGUUUGAUUUCUGUUUUUUCCAAUGGGUAUCUUAGAAAUAAUAAGGAUGGAUUGAAUAUGAGAAAUUUUAAGAAACGGGUAUCUGCAUCAUCAAUCAUAGAUGAAGUUGGAGGAAAUGGAUCUGGGGGGAUCAAUGAUAACAAUGGUGGGAACUCUAAUAAUGGUAGGCCUGAUUGGGGGGACUCUGAUGGUGAUGGAGAAGAAGGUAGAAUUAAAGGUGGCUUGUUGGGUCUGUUUUUGCAAGGAUGGAGGUUGAGAGUAGAGGCGGAUCCACAGUUUCCUUUCAAGGUUUUGAUGGAGGAGGUGGUGGGGAUGGGCUCGUGUUUAAUUGGGGACAUGGCUUCCAGGCCCAACUUUGGACUUAAUGAGCUCGACUUUGUGUUUUCCACUCUUGUUGUUGGAUCCAUAAUGAAUUUCACAUUGAUGUACUUGCUGGCUCCCACUUCAUUAGUAGGAGGCCAGGCCUUACCAGGAUUUUUCUCGUGUUGUCCUCCUAGUCACAUGUUUGAGACAGGUUCAUAUGGUAUUGUUGAGAGGUUGGGUACUUUCGUAUACAAGGGUGCAUUGUUUUCGGUAACUGGGUUUGGGGCAGGUCUUUUGGGGACUGCAUUGUCUAAUGCUCUGAUCAACAUAAGGGAAAGAAUGGAUCCCAAUUUUGUGAGCCUAAAUAAGGCUCCACCUCCCCUGUUGAAUGCAUCCACAUGGGCGCUUCACAUGGGGUUUAGUAGCAAUUUGAGGUAUCAGACCCUAAAUGGAAUUGAAUUUCUGCUUGCAAAGGGGUUGCCUCCAUUUAGGUUUAAGGCUUCUGUGAUUGCGCUUCGUUGUAUAAACAAUUUGUUAGGAGGUAUGUCAUUUGUGCUCUUGGCAAGAUUAACAGGGUCCCAGAAGGUUGAAGAGAGUUCAUUAUCACCGAAGGAAGAAAAAAUAGUUUUGAGUCCAGGGAUUGAAUUGGGGGAUCAGAGCAAGGAUCUACAACACAGUGAGACAUCUUGAAUGCAUCUUCUCUAAUGUUGUUGAAGUGCUCAGGGUAGUCUAUAUUAAUGGAUAUUUGGAUUUCAGUUUUUAAUUUGAGCGGGCAAGACUCAGGGCUGAAAUUCUGGUGUACCCUGAUCAGGUUGCCUGAGAGUUGAUUUAAGUUGAAUGGUGUUUUGAAUUACGUGGUUGAUUGUCAGGAGUACCAUCAAAUGUUGAAAGUAAUAAUUGCCAGGGCAAACCAAAAUUUGACAUUAUGCCCUCUGGAUCUCCAUGGGGCAUGGCAGAGCAGAGCAACUGCUGUGUAGCUAACGAUGGGUCAAAAAUGGCUGUCUUAUCACAGGACCUUAUUUCAAUUUUAGUAAACUUGUUGGUUUUACUCUACUAGCCACGCAUUCUCAAUAAUUACCAAAGUGGUCCGUCAAUAAAGCAAUGUAUUCAUUUAGUUUCUUUCCUUGGACAAUAAAUUUUUGGUCCAUAUUCUGAAUAAACAUCUGUAUGAACUAAGUAAUACCAUAAUUUUAUCAAGGGUCCUUGACUUUA